AUGAGGGACCAGGCCAUCACCUCGCUGUUGGCAGCAUUAAGGCACGUUAGGGUGCUAAUUGACACAGUGCCACAGCCCAAAGAGAGCUUAGAGGCAAUAUAUGAGUGGGUGGAGGACUGGGACCAGACCUGGGCUGGGAUCUACUCAUGGUGGAAGUACAUUGAUGAGAACAAGAUUUCUAUCCUGAAGGUGUGCAAUGCCAACCUACAUGACCUGACCAAGGAAUCUGCGAUAUGGCAGAAUGAGGCAAUCCCUGUGGCAAUAGCAAUAGUGGAUCUCUGGCAGCCAGAAGGGCAGCAUAGGUUCAACAUUAACAACCUUUUCAAGGACUACCAGGAGCAGGUAGAGGAGAGAGCGCAGAUGGAGGCUGAGAGGUCGGCCAAGGCACCAUCCAUGUGCACCCAGGGCCAAGCAGAAAGAGGUGAGGGCCAAGACCAUGCACCAGAAGACACCAAAGGAAACCUGUCAAGAGGAGCUGCACACUCAACAGGGGAGGGCUCUGGUAGUGCAAGCAAGGGAAAAGGGAAGCAGAAGGCCACCAGCAAGGAGGACAAGCUGGCUGACAACAUUGAUGAUGAUGAGGGUGAUGGCGACCCAGGUCCAUCCACAAAGGGACCUUGCACAGCUGGGGACAAUGAGCCCUGCAAGACAUGUGCCCAGGCAAACCUCACAUGCAUCAGGGAGCCAGAGGCAUCCUGCAAAUGGUGCAGGAAGGCGAAACACAAGUGCUUGCACUCUCAAGGUGUAGGGAGAAAGGUGAGGGCCAAGGAUGAGGAAUUCGAGCUGGAGCAGGUCUACUGGCUGCUGGAGAUGUUGGUGAGGCAGGUAACACAUCGGAUCGAGACUGCAUGGGCUAGAUGGGAGGAGCUGCAAAGGUUGAAGGACGAUCUCCAGGACCUGUAA